AUGGCCGGUGCCUCCAACAUCGGGGCGCUUCCUGCAUCCUUUGGAUUCGGACUCAUCAACUUGGCGUUUGCCUGGCCCGCUGUAUGGACAAUUGAUACAUUCGGUCGACGUGGUUUUCUGCUCUUCACCUUCCCCCAGAUGUGCUGGACGCUGCUAGCUGCUAGCUUCUGCUUCUGGAUUCCGACAAGUAGCAAUGCACACGAUGGAUUAACCGCAUUCUUCAUCUACCUUUUUGAUGCGGUCUAUUCUCCCGGAGUCAGAGAAGGACCUGUUCCCUUUACUUACCCGGCCAAACCGGCAACAGCAACGUGGUAG